CUUGAAGUUUCAGGAAAAUUUCAGGCUUUCAUCAAAUGUUUGAGCUUAGAGUCGUAAUUAACGAUUAAUUACUUUACUCAAUUUGGAUUUUCAUGCAAUUGCCUUUGAAUGGAGUUUUUAUGUACUUACGCAAUUGUUUGAGCAGUCGUGUGAUUUUCUGAUAAAUGUUGUAAUGAAAUAGAUCAGGCCGGUUAGAUUGGAAAGUUUUCCAGAUGAUUCUCGAUUAACCCUGUGAACUCUCAGCCAUUUUGCAACUCUUUAGAACUGAUAUUUCCGGAGCAACUGAGAUCUCAAAUUAUUACACUCCGAUAUGAUAAAUAAUCAUGGGGGCGGUUCAGCUCAAUCCAAUUAUCUGAUUAUCGAUGGAUUUUCACCGUUGAAUCAGAAGUGAAAGGGCUUAGAUAGGAAUUGGGUAUAAAAUACGGGACAGCUCCACAUUGUGUACAAACACCGAUAAAUCGUACAACUGAACAAUACUGAACAAAAUUUUGUGCCAAUACCUUAUUAAUUUAUUAAAAUGCGACAGCUAUUUAUUUUUGCCCUUUGGGGAUUAGUUCAUCACUUGGGUGAUAGCUGUGUUCCAACUCCUGUCAUCCUGAAGGAUGUCGUCGAUCGAUGUGCACGAUCUCUCAGUGAAGAGGAUAAGGCAUUAAUCAGAAGCACAACACCGGAUGGUGGGAAAUUGAAGGAUUUCUCAUUAUGUUUGUACACUGGUUAUGGAUACUACCGAAAUGGAAGCUUCGACCUCAGUUUUAUAAAAAAAUUCGUGGAAGACAGUACAGGGGAUAAAUCUCUGGCAGAACGUGUCUACGUUGAUGCAGAGCCCCAUCUCAAAGCAGCCAAUGCCCUUCCAGGAACUGAUGGAGAUAGAACUCACAGCUUCUGGCUCCGGAAUUACGACGAGGAGUCGAGAAAACUGAGGGAAGAGCUCUGGUGUUGACUCCAGAAUUUUUCUACUUCAAAUAUAGAAUUUAGAUAAUGCUACGAGCAUUUGGUGUUGCACGCAGUUAAUAAAAAUUAUUUGAUUGUUUAGUGAA